AAACAAUCACUAGCUCUUAAUUUUCACACACACACAAAUCUACUAAAAAGAGGAAUGUCAAGAAAGAAUUCAAUGAGAAGCCGGAGGGCAUGGGACGUGCUCCGGCUAGCUCUGCUGUGGGCCCGGAGGGGCGGCGCAUUCAGAAACCGGAUGGCGAUAAACAUGCGGCUGCUGCAGAAGGGGAUCAGGAAGCUCCGCCACUCUCACCACCACGGGACGCCGCCGGGGGCGCUCGUGUACGGCGAGCGUGAGCUGUCGUUCGACGACACUCCGGUGAUACACGUGAAGAUGCACCGCCCUGCCUCGCUCCGAUUCAUGAUUCCAUGCAUCAAGCCCCAAGUGGACUUCGACUACGAUUUCGACUUUGACGAUGACCAGAUUUAUGCCGAGGAGGAAGAGAAGGUGAUCGAAGAAUGUGACGACGAAGUUGAUUUGAAGGCGGAGGAAUUUAUAGCUAAUUUUUAUAAGCAGAUGAAGCUUCAGAGGCAGAUAUCGUAUUUGCAGUAUCAUGAAAAAAGAUCCACGAAUUGAUCUAUUGACCAUUGGAGUUGUGCUGGAUUUUGUUUUGCCAAUUUUUUGGAUUCUUUUGUGGUAUUUUUGUAGAUAGAUAUACGUUUUGCAGGAAAUUGAGUACUGGAAACCUUUUGUUGUUUUUCUCAUAAGCUUUCUGUAUAGCAGCAGCCAGCAAAUCAGCAUAUAUUAUGAAAUUCAAUAUUUGUAAUAGUA